CCGAGUCAAAAUGAACCCAGGACACUAUCUUGUUUAGCUUUCUGAUUAGCUUAGCUUAGCCUGUGCGUUUUAAAUAGUCUAAUCAGCUGAUCUGAGCACUGUGCGAGGAUAAAUACUGGAGUAGAAUAAAUAUUUAAUACGUUCAGUUUGUUUAAAGUGAAUUGUAAGUGUUAGCACAUCGGCUCACAGGCUAACAACAUACGCAACUCAAGCACAGCAUUAACAGGCUCCUGAUGACCUCUGACCCCUGCGUUCUCCGGUGUGAGGCCAUGAUCAGUGUUACGCUGUGAAGCCAUGAGUCAGAGGAACAUCGCUGCCGACUUACUGAACAGACAAAUCCGGGAGAACAGGGCUCUGAGUUUUCAGAGACACUACCAUGUGACUGACCCGCUUAUAAAGCGACUCGGCCUGGAGGCGGAGCUACAGGGUCACUCGGGGUGUGUGAACUGUCUGGAAUGGAACGAGAAAGGAGAUGUGUUAGCGUCAGGUUCUGAUGAUCAGCACGUGAUGGUGUGGGAUCCUCUCAGACACAGGAAGUUGCUGAGCAUGCACACGGGUCACGCUGCUAACAUCUUCUCCGUCAAGUUCCUGCCGCACUCUGGAGAUCGGAUCCUGGUGACCGGAGCUGCAGAUACGAAGGUUCAUGUUCACGACGUGACGGUGAAGGAGACGAUCCACAUGUUCUCCGAUCACACUAACCGAGUGAAGCGCAUCGCCACCGCCCCCAUGUGGCCAAACACGUUCUGGAGCGCAGCCGAGGACGGGGUCAUCAGGCAGUAUGAUCUGAGAGAGAGCAGUAAACGCUCGGACGUGUUAAUCGAUCUGACGGAAUACUGCGGUCAGCUGGUGGAGGCCAAAUGUCUCGCUGUCAACCCGCGGGAUAAUAACUACCUCGCCGUGGGAGCUAACGGCCCGUUCGUACGCCUCUACGACAUCCGCAUGAUCCACAACCACAGGAAGUCUCUGAGUCAGAGUGCAGGAGUUCACACGUUCUGUGAUAAACAGAAGCCCAUCCCUGACGGAGCGGGUCAGUACUACGUUGCAGGUCACCUCCCGGUGAAGCCGGAUUAUAAUAACAGGCUGCGCGUGUUGGUGGCCACCUACGUGACGUUCAGCCCUGACGGGACGGAGCUGCUGGUGAAUAUGGGCGGAGAGCAGGUGUACCUGUUUGAUCUGACGUUUAAACAGAGACCGUACACCUUCCUGCUGCCCAAGAAGUGCCAUUCCUCAUCAGAGGUGCAGAAUGGGAAAACCACAAAUGGAGUGUCUAACGGACUCCAUCUUCCUGCCAACUGUCUCAAACUCGCGAAUAACAAACCCUCCAGUGAGCUGCCCCCCUACCUGGAGCGCAUUAAGCAGCAGGCUAACGAUGCGUUUGCGCGUCAGCAGUGGACUCAGGCCAUCCAGCUGUACAGUCUGGGGAUUCACUCAGCGGGACAGAGCAACGCCAUGCUGUACGGGAACCGCGCCGCCGCCUACAUGAAGCGCAAAUGGGACGGGGAUCAUUACGACGCUCUGCGCGACUGUCUGAAGGCUCUGUCUCUAAACCCGGCUCACCUGAAGGCUCACUUCCGUCUGGCGCGCUGUCUGUUCGAGCUGAAGUACGUGGCCGAGGCUCUCGAGUGUCUGGAUGACUUUAAAGGGAAGUUUCCGGAGCAGGCUCACAGCAGCGCCUGCAGCGCCCUCGACAAGGACAUCAAAGCUGCUCUGUUCUCCAAAAACGACUCCGACGAGAAGAAAGGGAGCAGCUCGAUCCGCUUCCACAACUUCAGCCGUAAAGAGUCGAUCCCCGAGGACGAGAUCAUCCUGAGAGAGCGCAGCUUCGACUACAAACACCGAUACUGCGGCCACUGCAACACCACCACCGACAUCAAAGAGGCCAACUUCUUCGGCAGUAAAGGACAGUACAUUGUGAGCGGAUCAGACGACGGCUCGUUCUUUAUCUGGGAGAAGGAGACCACGAACCUGGUGCGAGUGCUGCAGGGUGAUGAGUCCAUAGUGAACUGCCUCCAGCCGCAUCCCAGCUACUGUUUCCUAGCAACCAGCGGCAUCGACCCCGUGGUGCGGCUCUGGAGCCCCCGACCCGAGACGGACGGUGAGAACGGUCGCGUGGUGGAGGAUAUGGAGGGAGCGUCUCAGGCCAAUCAGAGGAGGAUGAACGCUGAUCCUCUGGAGGUGAUGCUGCUCAACAUGGGCUAUCGCAUCACGGGUCUGAGCGGCGGCCAUGACGCCUCCGACGAGGACGAGGACACCACGGAGGGUCAGGUGCAGUGCCGCACCAGCUAGAGCGCGUGUGUGUGUGUGUGAGAGAGAGUGUGUGUGUGAGAGUGUGUGUGUGUGUGUGUUUCCUCCCCCUUGGAGAGGAAGAGAACAGAGAAUAGGGCACGUGACCCCUGCAGUGGGCGGAGCUUCAGACUGAACGAUAAUAAACUCAUCGUUUCCUCGCCGGUUGUGGGACUGUGUGUGUAGUUUUGUUCAUUUUGUCCCACUCUGAUGUCAC